AUGGGAGAAGUGAUCAAACAGGCUCAAUUGCUACCCAAUCACCAGCGGCCUCCAGAGAUGAUGGGCUGUGUUAAGAUACCUCGGUCAGUGCUGCGUUGUUCACUUCUGAAGGGCCUCAGCAUUGGGCAGCAGAGAUACCUGUCCAUCAUCCUAACAUUCCACAGAGCAACUCCCCUACGCAACAGCCUAGACCAGCAGGAUGUUGACAGCCUCAAGUGACAGAUGAGGUUGGGUUAUGUUUCUGCUGAGGAAAUGGACAAGUUUCUGGAUUAUCUGAAAAGCCCCAACCAGCAGCAGUAUCAGAAACAAUCCCCUUUUUUGGUCAGAACUGUGAAGAGGGCAUCCAGGAAACAAAGUCAAUGCUCGCAACAGAAAUCGAAGAUGAGAAUGAAAGGGAAAAGGUUUGAACUGCUCAUCAUCUUUCAUUCUCCUAAUUAGGCCCCAUACCUCAACUGCCUAGCAUCCUGUUAAUCCGAGGUCCAUGUCCACCAAAACUCCACUUAAUCCCAGACCCUUAGCUGCCCCCGUUGAUCCCGGCUCCUUACUUACCAUGCUGUAGUCAAUCCCAGACCCCUGGCAACCACAUUCCAUCCCUGUCCUCCAAACCUGAGUUAAUUCCAGUCUCUGCCUGAGCUUUGUUGCAAACUGUGGAAUAAUUAAUUUGCUUGGUUUCCAACAGAUAAAUUGUAUUUCUGGAACCAGGUCAGACUGACGAUCCAGCACGAUCAAGGGCUGCUGUGCUUGGUGACUGAAUCAUGUCUGACUCGACUGAGCGUGAAAGAACUAUCGCACUUCCCAAUAAAUUGAUUUGUCAGCA